AUGCUCCAAGAUUGUGGUAAUCAGGCUGUAGAAGAACUACUACAGAAUAUCGAGGCUCACUUGCGAUUGCAAACAGGUGGUCCAGUGCCAAGAGACAUUUAUCAGAGAAUCAAAAAACUUGAGGACAGAAUCCUUGAAUUGGAAGGCAUCUCUCCUGAAUAUUUUCAAUCUGUAAACUUUUCUGGAAAAAGAAGAAAAGUUCAACCACCUCAACAGAACUAUUCACUGGCUGAACUUGAUGAGAAAAUUAGUGCCCUCAAACAAGCUCUGCUCAGAAAAUCAAGAGAAACAGAAUCCAUGGCAACACGUCACCUUCCAUGA